AUGCUCGACUUUCACGGCGAUGAACUCGAAGUCGUCGCGAUCAACGACCUGACCGACUCCGAAACCAACGCGCACCUGUUCAAGUACGACACCAACUACGGCCGCUACCCGGGCGAGGUCGAUGUCAUCGACGGCGACCUGGUGAUCGACGGCCACCGCAUCGCCGUCAUCUCCGAGCGCGACCCCGGCCAGAUUCCCUGGGGCGACCACGGCGUUGAGAUCGUCGUCGAGAGCACCGGCAUCUUUACCGACGCGUCCAGGGCCCGAGGUCACCUCAACCAUGGUCCGUCCAAGGUCGUCAUCUCCGCGCCGGCCAAGAACGAAGACCUGACCAUCGUGCUCGGCGUCAACGACGACGCCUACGACCCGGCCUUGCACCACGUCGUUUCCAACGCCUCCUGCACGACCAACUGUCUGGCGCCGAUGGCCAAGGUGCUCGAUGACACCGUCGGGAUCAAGAGCGGGAUCAUGUCGACGAUCCACGCCUACACCAACGACCAGGCCAUCCUCGACACCGUCCACAGCGACCUGCGCCGCGCACGCGCCGCCGGGAUGAACAUCAUUCCGACCACGACCGGCGCGGCCAAGGCCGUCGGCCUCGUCCUGCCCCACCUCAACGGCAAACUCAACGGCAUGGCUUACCGCGUCCCGACCAGCACCGUCUCCGUCGUCGACCUCGUCAUUGACGCCCAGCGCGCCACCGACGCCGAAGAGAUCAACGCCGCCUUCGAGAAGGCCGCGAACGACCUCGAGUCGCCACUGCACGGCAUCCUCGAGUACGAGACCGCCCGCUGGCGUGGCGCGAUCUCUGAGAAAGACCUUGAGUCGGCCCUCCGCGAAGUCCGCCUCGCCUUGCUCGAGGCCGACGUCAACUACAAGGUCGCCCGCGACUACAUCAAAGCGGUCCGUGCCCGAGCCAACACCGAAGAGGUGAUGCGCUCGCCGACUCCGCUCAAUCGCGUCGUCGAAAUCAUCAAAGACGAACUAGUCUCACUGCUCGGCACGGAGUCGCCCAGCCUCCAGAGAGCCUCGCAGGGCCCGACCAUCAUUCUCAUGGUCGGACUGCAAGGCUCCGGCAAAACGACGACAUCGGCCAAGCUCGCCCUCCGAGCAAAAAAGGCCGGCGAUCGUCCACUCUUGAUCGCCGCCGAUGUCUAUCGUCCAGCAGCGAUUGAUCAGCUCCAGGCGCUGGGCCGUCAACUGGACAUCGAAGUGUUCGAGCUUGGCGCAGAUGAGAAACCGGUCAAGAUUGUCAAGCAGGGGCUUGAACGCGCAUCCCAGAUCGGCGCAGGAACAGUCAUCGUCGAUACCGCCGGCCGCCUGCACAUCGACAAAGACAUGAUGUCCGAGAUCACCGACCUGCGUGACAAGUUCAAGCCAACCGAAGUGCUGCUCGUCGCCGAUGCGAUGUCCGGUCAGGACGCCGUCAAUGCGGCUGCCGCCUUCGACGAAGCUGUUGGCAUCACCGGCGUCGUCCUGUCCAAAAUGGACGGCGACGCCCGCGGUGGCGCAGCACUCUCGAUUCGCGCCGUCACCGGCGCGCCGAUCAAGUUCCUCGGUAUCGGCGAGCGGCCCGAUGCGCUCGAACAGUUCCACCCCGACCGCCUCGCCGGGCGCAUCCUCGGUCGCGGCGACAUGUCCACCUUGGUCGAGCGCGCCGAGCAAGAGUUCGGCGAACAGGACGCGAAGGUCUGGCGGCGGCGGUUGCAGGACGGUGAAUUCGAUCUGAACGACUUCAUCGAGCAGAUCAGCAAAGUCCGUCAGAUGGGGCCGAUCUCGCAGAUCGUGAACAUGAUCCCCGGUCUCAGCUCGAUCAAGGACAAGAUCCAGGUCGACGAGAUCGACGACGAUUUCUUCAACCAAUUUGAGGCGAUCGUGUUCUCGAUGACGCCCGAGGAACGACACAAACCCGACAUCAUCAACGGUUCCCGCCGACGCCGAAUCGCCAAGGGCAGCGGAACAUCUCCCCAGGAAGUGAAUCAACUCCUGAAUCAAUUCAAGACGGCGAAGGGCAUCAUGAAGGACCUCGCGUUGGGCAAGAUGCCAGGAAUGGCCGGCGUCCGCGCCCCGGCCGGCCGUCGCUAG